AUGCUAUUGGUGAUGCCGAUAUGCCAGUUGUAAUUACAGUUUGAAUUCAUAUUCAGGAUGGGCAUUGUGUGCUGAAGGUUUUAUGUUAGAUAAUCCAUUCUUAACUAUUGUUGGAGCAUUUGUUGGAUCAUCAGGUGCUAUUCUCUCUUAGAUUAUGUGCAAUUUCAUGAAUAGAAAUUUAACAAUCAUUUAAGAUACUAAAGUUGAAGGUAUUCACACUGAAAUCAAUAUUGAAUAUGCUGUUGAAAUGAUGGUCAAUAGUAAAUCAAUUAUCAUUCUUCCUGGAUAUGGUUUAGCCUAAUAUCCAGUUGCUGACAUGUGCAAGACACUCAUUGACUAAGGAAUUAAGGUUAGAUUUGGUAUUCAUCCAGUUCCUGGUAGAAUGCCUGGAUAAUUGAAUGUCUUAUUGGCUGAGGCUGGUAUUCCUUAUGAUAUUGUAUUCUAAAUGGAAGAAAUUUAAUGAUGAUUUCCCUGAUACUGAUCUUGCUUUUAUUAUUCGAGCUAAUUACGCUCUCAGUUAAGCUGCUGAAGAAAACCCAAAAUUUACCAAUUGCAGAUAUUUUAGUAUUUCAAUUUUUUAGGUAUGCCUGUAUUGAGAGUCUGAGCUGCUAAAUAAUCAAUGCCAUUAACAAUCCAGUUUCUAUAAACUUAACGAUAAUAUGUUAUUGCGUGAUGCUAAGAAAACCUGCAAUGAACUCUCCUCAAAAAUUAAAGAUCAUUUUAAAUGAAGAUCAAGAUGUUGUACAAAUUCAUAUAAA